AAGGCAGAUCAGAGGGAGCUUAAUGUCAUGGAUGUCCAAUGCAAUGCUACCAUAAUAGAGGCCAAGAUGGAAAUUAACUCCGACAUCUUCCACCUGGUUGAGAUGGUCACCAUGUGUGUGAGCUUCACCUUGAACAGUGUCCUCAGUCUUCCUUUAUUCGUGGUCUUGGCACGCUCUCCGUGCCUCCUCAGACACACUCGCUUCCUCCUCCUCACACACCUCCUCCUGUGUGACAACCUCCAGCAGCUGCUCUGCACAAUCAGAUCAGUUCUCUUAAGAUCCAGAGAAGGUAUUCCUGUGACUGAGUGUCUGAUCUUCUGUGCUGCUGAAGAGGCCUGUGGCUUGGUGGACCUCUUCCUGAGCACCGCUCUGGCUGUGGACCGCUUUGUAGCUGUUAAGUGGCCCCUGCACUAUGAAUUCUUGAUGUGCCCUCAAAGGAAGAGAGUAACUGUUGCAGCCAUAUGGACCUUAUCAGCUGUGCUCAGCAGUGUGGCUUUGGGUAUCAGCCUCAACAGCGUGCAGGUCAAUUUUACCCUUCCCCGCUGUCGACCUCUCAUCCUCACACCUUGCCUGUCAGGUACAUCUGCUCUGGUACUUUACUGCACUGUGGGGACUGCUGUGGUGGUGCCUCUCUGCUCUCUGACCAUCCUGGGAUGCUUCUGCCUGCUCUGCUGGGACAUACGUACAGGACCGCUCUACACCAAGAGAGCUUGUGUGACCCUUGGCCUCCAGGGAGCUCAAACCAUCCUGUUUUCUAUACCUUUGGUAAUGGACAGCUACCUGAUCCCUGGCUACCUGCACAGUGAUGCUCUUGAUAUAGCCACCACUAUCAUCUUCAACCUGGGGGUGUCACUCAUCCCCCUGGUUUAUGGCUACCGCUCACGGGAGCUGCAGCAAAGGAUACGUCAGGCUGCAAACAGGAGCAGAGUCAACAACCAAAGAUAG